AUCAUUUUUUCCAAAUCGGAACGGAAGUUACAUCCAUUCUCUUCUCCUAAUCAAUGGAAAGCUUGGAAAAAUUGAGGAAGGAAUUGGAGCGUUGGGAUUAUUCGGCGUAUUACUAUCAAAAGCACAACUAUUAUGAGUCGAAAAAGAAAGCCGGUUAUAUGUUGCUUGACUCGUUUAUGAGUAGCUGUUCCAAAAUGGAGGAGGCCUUGAACAAAUCUCUUUGGGUAAUGAAACUGACACCUGUGAGAAAUGCUGAGCCUUAUAGCUUUCAGGAUUUGAAAGAUUUGACCGACAAGACUAUUGCCAACUUUUAAUCGACAAGACUAUGUACGGGAGGAUGUUCGUAGGUCAUGAUGAAUGCAAUGUUGCUAUCAAAACAUAGGAUUUCUUUGUUCCACAGCAAUGCUGUUAUCCUGACCAUCAGUCUAGAUUUUGUAACGAGCUUGAAAUACUGCCGGCUGAAAACCAACAUCCAUGUUUGAUGAAGACAAAGGGGUUCUGUUUUCAGUACAUACUUGCAGUGGUUUAUGACGAAAUUACCAACUAAACUUUUGUCACGGAAAAAUUUGAAUGGGAAUUAUGGGAUGGUAGAAUGAAGGUGGCGAUUCAACUUGCAUGUCUCUUCGCCUGGUUUCAUGAGAGGCGAUUUGCAUUUGGUAGUGUCAGGCCUUCUGGCAUAAUGAUUGACAAGAAUUUCAACAUAAAAGUAUUCGACUUUGGUUUCCUUGCUCCUGUCAGGGUGGAGGAUAACGGAGUUCCCGUGUAUUAUUCUCGUUACGUAGAUGCUCGCGAGGCUAGAGCUAGAUACGGUGUUCGGACUUUAAAAGCUGAUGUUUCCAUAUUUGGUGUUCUACUUGUGGAAUUGCUUGGCAAUAACUACAGAGAUAUAAAGAGGAAAAUGGCACUCACUCCUGGAUUCUGAAGCAGCUCCAAGAAGGAAAAACAUCAAUAGUGGAUAAAUCAAUUCUGCAAGAUAAUGAUGAGCUUGCUAAUAGCAUCACAGAAAUAGCAGUGAAAUGUCUGAGUGAGGAUCCAAAUGAACGCCCACAUAUGGAGGAUGUCUUUGCCAAUUUGUCUAAUUUGGUAGGAGCAACUCCCAAUUAAGGAAGAACAAUGUUAAUUAGUAUUCUGUUGAUAAGAAUUAGUACUUAAUAUGAAUCAUUUAGUCUUCCCUUUUGUACAUUCACCAAUAAGGGUUGCGGUGCA